AUGACACUUGAUCCGAAAGUGGAGCCACACCCGAUGCUGUCGCUCUCGCGAGCGGUUGGAAACAUUAUUGUUUGCGGAGCCAAGACGACCAGCCAGGGUAUCGCGAAGACGGAAGUCUCCGACCGCGCAAAGAUGCGUAUGCAGCGUCAGAAGGCGAUCGAAGAGGAACAACAUAUGGAGGAUCUUGAGGCGCUCAAAUUGACUACUGAUCAACGGCGAAUGUUGCUCAGCCCGUUCACGUCUGUCAAGGUGGAAUUCAGCGAUCUCGACGGCCUCUCGUGGUCGGACCCUGCCGCACAGCGUCUCCUCGAGCAGUGGUAUGAGGCUCGAAUAACUACCUCCAUAGCCCCUCCGGAGGAAUUGGAUUGGGGUGUUCCGUUGCACCGUUGCCCCCCGAAGCCCAGGUUCCAGACACCGCCCCGCACUCGUCGCUCACUGGAUGUGGACGAAGAGUCCUUCGAGCUCAUUGAAGACACGAUUCGUGUUUCGAAGGUGAACCGUCCCCCGAUAAGCAUCGUCACAGAACUCGCCGAGAACGAUGUCACCGGUAGCGCGAACGACUGCAUGGACAUCGAAUCUCUAAACGCCGCAGUAACACCUUCAUCUGCCAUCUCCCUCACCCCAUUACCGACCCCCGUUCCCCCAACGACAGUCGAGCAGACCGCCUGCCCAGCAUCUCUGCUCCUCCCCGUCAAAUCCCUUGCGCCGGCCGUCGACUCGCCUGCCCCGAAAAAGAUCAGGCUCACGAAGCGCAUUCCCGCGGGCUCGCGCUCGCCCAACUCCCGGCGCGUCAUCACUCUGCCCACGCGGAUUCCGCAACCGCUCGCCCGCGACAGCGUCGUGAACACCGGGGCAGGUAUGCGCGUCGUCUCUGCGGGUACACGUAAUUUGCCCCGCGUUGCGGACUGCCGCGCUCUCAGGAGAGGGCCGACGCUUCUCUCUGCGCGAACGGGCGCUGGCCCGCCGCUCGCCGCAGAAGUCACGAAAGCUGCCGUCCCGGCGUCGCCGCGGUGUUGCUGA